AUGACACGCUCUGCCCUACGCGCGGUGGGCGUCUUACUGUACACUCUGCUGACCGCCGGCCUCACCGGGGCUCAGAAUCCCACUUCGACAACCGGCAGCAUUGGCACCGCGACUAUCAGCGGAGUCCUGUCCACGUUUUCUGCGCAGUUCACUGUUCCAUCAACCGCUGACCGGGGAGCAACACUGAUCCCUAACGUUCGUGAUCCGGAGGCUGUAGAUGCGCAGACCGUCUGCCCAGGCUACAGAGCAUCGGGCGUUACUCGUGGCCCUAAUGGAUUCUCCGCUAUCCUAACGCUUGCGGGUGAACCGUGCAAUGUCUACGGUACCGACAUUGAAACCUUGACGUUCACUGUCGAAUAUCAGUCCGCCGACAGGUUGUCUGUGAAUAUCCAGCCAGCAUACCUUGCGGCUUCGAAUUUAUCCCAAUACAUCCCUCCGGAGCAGUACAUCCCCAGACCUUCGGUUGACGAAGAUGCAGGCGCGACCACGCAGACCAAUGACUUCCAGUUUGUCUGGAGCAAUGAUCCAGUCUUCUCUUUCACUGUGAUCCGCAAGAGCACCGGGGAUGUUGUCUUUACAACUGAGGGUAGUGUCCUGGUGUACGAGAACCAGUUCAUUGAGUUUGUCUCUGCUCUUCCGGAGAAUUACAACCUCUAUGGCUUGGGAGAACGGAUCCAUAGCCUCCGACUCGGCAACAACUUUUCUGCUACCAUAUACGCAGCAGAUGCUGGUGACCCUAUUGAUUACAACAUUUACGGUAGCCAUCCAAUAUACUACGACACACGUUACUUUGAAGUCGACUCCGAAUCAGGCAACACGACACUUUUCACUGGCAAUGAGACAGAUGCAAACACAGACUACGUCUCAUAUACGCACGGCGUCUUUCUAAGGAACACUCACGGGCAAGAGGUGGUGUUGAAGCACGACAACGUUACAUGGCGCACCCUGGGCGGCAGCAUUGACCUCUUCUUCUUUAGCGGUCCUUCCAUCGAUGCAGUUGCCAAGCAAUAUCAGCACAGCGUAACCGGUCUGCCCGCCAUGCAGCAGUACUGGACGUUCGGCUUCCAUCAAUGCCGCUGGGGUUACAAGAACUGGACGCAGUUGCAGGAGGUUGUGGACAAUUUCAGGAAUUUUGACCUUCCUCUUGAGACUAUCUGGGCCGAUAUCGAUUACAUGAACCAGUAUCGUGACUUCACUACUGAUAACGUCACCUUCCCGCUUGCUGAGGGAUUGGAGUUCUUUUCCAACCUGCAUGCAGAUGGGCAGCACUUCAUGCCGAUUGUUGAUGCUGCUAUCUACAUUCCGAAUCCAGACAACGAAAGCGAUGCAUACGCUACAUACACCCGCGGGCAGGAGCUUGAUGUGUUCCUCGACAAUCCCGACGGAAGUCAGUACAUAGGCGCUGUCUGGCCGGGCUACACAGUCUUCCCGGACUGGUUCACCGAGAACGCCGUUGCGUGGUGGGUAAAUGAGAUGGUCCAAUGGUACCGUGACGUCCAAUACGACGGUUUCUGGAUCGAUAUGAACGAGGUCGCUUCGUUCUGUGUAGGUUCGUGCGGCUCUGGCAAUCUCAGCUUGAACCCUGUGCAUGUUCCGUUCAAACUCCCUGGAGAAGAGGGCGCGUUAAUAUACGAGUACCCGGAAGGCUUUAACCUCACCAACGCGACUGAAGCCGCGUCGGCGUCCGCCGCUUCAUCAAGCCAGGCUGCUGCGUCCAUGACCGCAGUUCCAACCGAGACCGACCAGCAAACUUCCACGUCGUCAACUACGCCAAACUACCUCCGCACAACGCCGACGCCUGGAGUACGGGAUAUCAACCAUCCACCUUACGUAAUCAACAACAUACAUGGCGAUCUUGCUGUGCACGCUGUCUCACCAAACGCCACCCACGUUGACGGCACGGUAGAGUAUGAUGUCCACAACAUAUGGGGUCAUCAGAUCCUGAACGCCACCUACCAAGGCCUUCUUGCGGUCUUCCCCGGCAAACGCCCCUUCAUCAUCGGCCGCUCCACGUUCCCCGGAUCCGGCAAAUGGUCUGGUCACUGGGGCGGCGACAACGGAAGCAAGUGGUACUACAUGUACUUUGGCAUACCCCAAGCCCUCUCCUUCCAACUAUUCGGCAUCCCCAUGUUCGGCGUCGACACGUGCGGCUUCAACGGUAACACCGACAUGGAGCUCUGCUCGCGCUGGAUGCAGCUGUCCGCCUUCUUCCCCUUCUACCGCAACCACAACGUCCUCUCCGCCAACCCCCAGGAGCCAUACGUCUGGAGCGCGGUUCUCGACGCCAGCAAGACGGCCAUGAACAUCAGAUACCGCCUACUCCCCUACAUGUACACGCUCUUCUACUUGAGCCACACGACCGGCUCGACCGUCAUGCGCGCUCUGGCCUGGGAGUUCCCCAACGAGCCAUACCUCGCAGACGCGGAUCGGCAGUUCCUACUCGGCCCCUCGCUGAUGGUGACGCCCGUCCUCGAGCAAGGUGCCAGCAGCGUGGACGGCGUCUUUCCCGGCGUCGGCAGCGGAGAGCUCUGGUACGACUGGUACAGCCAGGCGGCCGUCACGGGCGUCAGCGCGGGUCAGAAUGUGACAAUCCCGGCGCCGCUAGGCCAUAUCCCGCUCUAUGUGCGGGGCGGCAGCGUCUUGCCGCUGCAGGAGCCGGGAUACACGACUGCGCUCGGUCGGCAGAAUCCAUGGGGCUUGCUGGUUGCGCUGAGUAAGGAGGGGACUGCGACGGGGCAGUUGUAUGUCGAUGACGGGGAGAGCCUGGUCCAGAAUGCGACGCUGCUGGUUGACUUUGCGGCUGUGGGCGGCGCGUUGUAUGCAAGUGCGAGAGGGGAGUACAGGGAUGCGAAUCCGCUUGCUAAUGUUACGGUCAUGGGGUUGAGCAGCGCGCCUGGGAAUGUUACGUUGAAUGGCCAUGCGCUGAGCAGUGGGGUGAGUUUCAAUGAGACUAGUGGGCUUUUGACAGUCACUGGCCUGGGUAGUGCGACGAGCGAGGGGGCGUGGAGCAGUGACUGGGUGCUGAGGUGGACGUAG